AUGAACCGCUGGAUCCCACGCUUUGAGGUGCCCGAAGUUAUAAUCACAGACCAAACCAGAGGAUUCGCUGAGAAACGAACUACAGCACUCUAUUGUCGACUCGGCAUUUCUCACAUCAACACGGCUCCGUUCGGGCCAAAACCUAAUGGUCUUGUGGAGAGAUUGGUUGGAACACUGAAGCAAAUGUUACGCAAGGUCGUCGGACACGGUCGCGACUGGAGCAAGGUGCUGAAUGCUGCUACACUUGCGAUAAACGUCACUGAGUACAAGCAAAGCGAUCGGAGUCCCUUCUGGCUUUUGCACGGCUACAACCCGAAAGAGAUUAACAUCAACUUAGUGGUAGCAGAGAUCACGGAGAGUGAAAGGCUUCACGAGCUCGCAAGGGGUCACACGAGUACCAGAUCUAGCCUGGAAGACAGCCAAGGGUACUUGAAACUUCGAUACAAGAGAGAGAAUCAAACUCCUCGAUUCAGCGCUGGCGACAGCGUUCUUGAGAUUGACGCGGACCAUCGUGUGGCGCCAUCUUGGAGGGAGCGGCUGCACUUCUCGGUGUCUCGAGCCACGCUGUCGCUGGCAGCUGUGACGUCGAAAGACGACGGCCUCUACUUGUGCCAGGUGCAGUUCCCUGCAGCGCGAGAGAGGACUUCCAACGUAAGACUCCUGGUGGUCGUGACUCCGGCGCAAGUCCGCAUCAAAGGGUCGAGAAGCCCGGUGUCGGCGGACGUGGAAGCUGUCGUCGAGUGCGAGACAACCGGUUCCCAGCCGGCGGCGGACGUCUCCUGGAGUUUAGAGAACGUGGCGCUCCGAGACGCUCAAGUGCUGGCCCGAGGAGCAAACGGCACGGCGAGCCUGCUUCGCUGGACACCGCGACCGGAGGACGACGGGCGUCGGCUCAUCUGCCGAGCCGUGAAUAACCGCUUCCCACAAGACGUCAUCGAGGACGUCUGGCUCCUCGACGUUCACUACAAGCCUCGGACUGAGCUCCGGCUCGGCAGUGGUCUGGAUCCCUGGGGAGUCCAGGAGGGCCACGACGUGUACUUCGAGUGCUCGGUGCAGGCCAAUCCGGCCGUGCACGAAGUCUCGUGGAGUCUGGACGGGCGUCGACUCACGGGUGCCAGGCUCAUCGUGAGCAACCUGUCGCUCGCCUUGCGACAGGUGACGCGCCACCAGGCCGGACAAUACCGCUGUGCGGCCCACAACUCGGCGGGGCACGCGGUCAGCAACGCCGUUCCACUGCGGGUCAAACACGCACCCGUGUGUGAACGGGAAGACAACGCUCUGUUCCUGGCAGCACUGGAUCAAGAAGUAGAUCUGCCAUGCAACAUGCUGGCCGAACCGCCACAGGUGGCCUUUUCAUGGACUCUGAACGGGUCACUGGGCCGACGGGACCUUGGAAACUUCCAGUCUGCGGGCUUGCGAUCAACGCUCAAGUUCCGACCUCGGUCCGAGGCUGACUACGGCAUGCUUGAGUGCUCUGCCAGUAACUCGGUCGGCGUAGCAACCAGGCCAUGUGUCUUUCACUUGCUCAGGCCUCCCGGUAACGCCUGGCUGUCUCAGACAUGGUACAACUGCAGUGUAUGGAAUGCCACAUCUUCUGCAGUACAAGUGGUCUGCCAGCGCGGAGCUCUUCCUGUGACUGCUGACCGAGAUGCUUCUGCCGGAAACGACCAGUCGGAGGACGAACCACGACUGACACUUGAACUACUGCGGCCGCCCACUGCCGGAGCCAAUGCUAGCCGAACCAGUGCCACCUGGAGCCGGGCACAAGCCGGAAGGCGAUCCCUCUGGUUGCGUGGAUUGGCUCCGGAUUCACCACUUGAACUGCUCGUCUUUGCUGACAGUGCCAGGGGACGAAGCCAACUGGCAGCCCUGCGUGCUCAUACGCUACCUGAAGUGCAGUCGACAAGCAGCGAGCAUGCGCAAGAACGGAGGACUCAGCAGAGGCUUUUGCCAGAAAAGAUGAGAGAGUCUUUACCCAAAGCAAGCGAAGAGCCUUCCUGCUGCCCUCCCUUCGUGACCCUCGCCUGCGCGGUCACGGCAGCCAUAUUGGUGGCACUCCCAGCUGCAGUCCUCAUCGGAAUCCGGCUGCGAGCACGACACCGUUUGGCAAAUUUACGCUGUGAUGAGCCGGAGACACAGAAGAGCGACGGAAGUCCCUCCCCGAAGCCAGGGAGAAGGAGACGAUCUGCUGAAAUCUACCUUCCUGAAGUGAAGUGACAAACCGACGAAAGACUUGCAUCAGCAUAAUCACAAAUCCAGGAUUGUUGUUGCAUCAUCGUUCACUUUCCGAGUGGUUGGUGUCGACAUAAGUGGUAUUUUCUUUACGACAUUGCUGUGGAAACAGUGAAGUGCUACCGCAAGCACAAGUCAUUGUCCCACAAGAGACUCCAACUAAACCGGUCAUAAUUCCGAGUGUGAGGCUGUGACCACCAACUCUUAUCUUUCCAACUGUGACAGCACCGGUCAUAAUUCCGAGUGUGAUGUGACCACCAACUCUUAUCUUCCCAACUGUGGCGGCACCUUUGACUCAAUCUCUGCGGAAGUGUCAUUGAUGCCUUCUGGCCCAGUGUGUUGUAAUUCAUGAGGUUUUUUUCGUUUUCUUUUUGUGUUACUAGUCAUUUUUAUUACAAUCAAGUUUUCAAGAUUGCAAAAGCUGUUUUGUUUUUUGUGUACUUAAGAACUCUUUGCUGUAUGAACAAUCUAGGCAAUAGAAUUGAUUGAAUAAUGUUUCAACCAAGACUUACAGGCCAGCUUGAGCAAUAUGACUGAAGAAGCCCAAAAGAUGCGGAAAAGAUAUUGAGCGUAAAGGUCAAGAGCAUGGUUUUUGUUCCCUCAUUCUUAAUAAUGUUCAUUAUUGAGGUUUUAAUUCCACAAAUGUCUUGGAAGUGCAGUUGGCCAAAGUUUGAGUGGUGACAUCUCCGCAGUGUACUUCGCUGCGACACGCAGCAAAGUUAAUUUCCGUCCAUUGAUUGUUGUGCGUAGUACUUUGUUAGUUGGCUGCUUCCUAGCAGCAUCCGAGACUGGCACAUAAACUGGGUGACUACCGGAAAGUUCCGAGAGAACGCUCGCCCCCGAGAGAUCGCCCAUCCCGUUUUUCUGGCUAAAUAUCUAACAUAAAAUUUCCGAAACAUAGCCUAUCCCCCGAUUUUUGUCAGACGUCACGUAAUAUCUGACGGGAAUGGCAUCUGCCACGCGAUCUGCUGUACGAGUACGUCUGAUAUGAGAGUUCGUAGCGGGUUCCCGCGUUUUUGUCCGCAAUCUGCGCGCGCGUGAUAUCGACUCCCGUAACAUGCGAGUUCCCGCGUGUAAAUUGCAUCGUGAAAUGCUAAUCUGCUGCAUCCGCUAUUUGCGGUAUUUGUUCCCGUGAGAUGAGAGUUCUCGGCGGGUUUCCGCAGGUCCUGCGCACGGUAAAACGCGAAUCUGCUGCGUCCGCAACCUGCGGUAUCCUUUCCCGUGACACAGGAGUUCGUAGCGAAUUCCCGUGUGUUUAUCGCAUCGUGAAAACGCGAAUUUGCGGUGUUCGCAAUCUGGAGUAUCAGUUCCCGCGUCACGUGGUUUGUAGCGGAUGCCCGGUGUUUAUGAUUAAUUUUUUAUUAAGUUUUGCUGUGGCGUCCCCAAAGAUAGCCCACCCCAUGUUUUUCACCAUUUAUCUCUUAAUUUUGGUUGGGCGUUCUUUCGGAACUUUAGAAUAGUCUGUCAGUGGCCAAGUGCAUUUUGCUGCUCUUAUCCAAGGAGUGUUCAUCUUGGUGUGUGUCAUUAUGCUUGUGUGGUAUGAGGUGGGAAAGCAGCGAGGGGAAUGGCAUCAUCCACAUCGACGUAAUGUUUUUGGAGUAUAGACUCUGGUGGCAAAUGAAAUGAACAAGUUCACUGACUGAUUGCUUGCGGCAAUAUUGAUGCCAGUGAAGUUGGCCAAAAUGCAGGGUUCCCUACACAAACACCUGACCAUCUGUUAAUCAUUGUGAAAGUAAGGUAACUGCUCAGUUUGCAUUACUCUGAAGCAUCAUUUCUUGUCGGCUACAACUGUACUGUUCUCACUGCCUGUGUGGCUCACUGGCCUUUUUGCUCUCUAAAAUGAAUUUACCCCUUUAUCUAUGAAGCUGCACAAAGUGGGGUUACCUCGAGGCCAGUUUGUACCAACUGACAGCGUGUAAAAACUUGGGGGCUUCGGUGCUCUGUGGAUAUCCAUGACUUCCCUUGCAAUCCAUAGUGUAAGUCACGCAUUCCAGUUGUCAACUGAAAAGGAUUUGUUUUUAAAACUUGUACCUGAAAUUAGAUGGGCAAUGUUUCUCUGAAGAAUAGUUUUCAGCCGAAUGCGAGAUUAGUAAUCUAAAUUUAAUUGCUUGACCAUGACCUAAAAAUUGUCUCCUACCUCAACUUGAUAAUACUUCCCUUAAGGGGAUUUGUCACUUGAAUGUUUUUCUUCAAAUUUACGAUUUGCACAGUUCUUGAAUGAGCCAAUGGGUUUUAUCGACAUGGGUUUCAUUUGAACCACAAUGUGAAAAACGAGUUUUUGCCAAGUAAAAGAGUUAAGUUCUCCCUCUGUUUUUUCCACUUUUAUUUUCAAGCGUUAUGCAACAAAUGUUUCAGAAAAUUCAUUGUUUGUCGCACCAAAUAUGAAUUGAUUUUUAUAGGUCAGUUCUAUUAUGGAGAUAUGUUGAAGGAUCUGGCAAUACGGAUGAAAUUCUAAUACAAAUGAAUGAUUGUUUUUGCCUGUGAAAUCAUUUAAAGUGAAGGAGGGGAUUCAAGUGCAUGACACUCUUGUUGCCCAUAGCCACAUGUAAUGUCAGCAACUAGUGUCAUAUCUAUAAGAUUCUCUGCAUAAGUUUCGAUUUUGAUGGUUUUUGUAGUAUUAUUGGGCUAUAUUUUGUGAAAAGAUUGUUAUCUUAAAAAUUCCGAAAAACAUUUCGUCAUGAUGUCAAUUGUAAGACUGCUGAACAUGUUUCAUCAAUCUAGUAAGUCAAAUGAAAAAGGGUGCCCUAGAAAGUUAAAAAAAAUUGAAAAUCAUUAAAUUAUUUUUUACAUUGCAUUUUGAGAAACUAAGCAUUGAAGCUCUGGAAAGAAAUAACUUGAAUGUGUCAUUUUACUUUUACAAUGUUUUCAUUGUGGAAUAAUAUUCACAACGUAUGGUCAAAAGCAGGCUUGUGGAUCACAUAAUGUUUGCAGAGCUCUGCAAUUUAGAUUAUUUUGUUGAAUUCUUGUGAAAUGAGACUACAUUCAGAAGAGACACUUUCGGAACGUGUCUAAUUAAGACUUCCUGAGCAAUUUUGGGACUUUAAAAAUUAUUCUGACAUUGUAUAUUUUGCUUACAUUGAAAUCGGUUACCAGAUGGGCGCAAGCAAACGGAUGUGAAACGUUUGAUUGUUUGCUUUUUUUGUUGUAGCAGUGGCAUGAAACAGUAAUGGGAAAAUAAACAUAUAGGCGCUUUAAGCACGCGCCAGAUUGAGCCGCCGUAGCCGACCUUCUUCUCUUACCGAUAUGCUGAGCCACUGACUGAAGCGGGCGUUGACGAGCCUCCACAAAUGCGUACGUUGGGGACAAGGACACAGUAGCACCUAAAGUGACAAUAACCUGUUCUGCUGUGGCAACGAUGAAGUGAAGCGAACGGAAUAAGAGGAAACAAAAACUCGAGGUCGGUUAUGGCGGCGCCCAUGCACAGCUGCCUAAAAGUGUCUAUACUCCAUCUCGCAAGUUGUGUGCACUUGCAAUAUGCUGCUUGCAAUAGCAGUCAUGCAAAGGAAGCUCUCUCAGGUCUCCCACCCGCGCGUGUUCUUUUCAGGAUGUUGUGCAAGACUUUUGAGAUGGUCUUUUGGGAUUCUCUUGUCGCAGGAAAUGGUACAUACAUGAACAAAUAUUUUUUUUUUUCGGUAUUGCACGGACAGAACUGUCCUUGGAAUCUGUCACAUCUCUUCAUCAUGUCAUUUGAGCUUGGGUUGUCUAUAGUUUUACUGUGCUUAUGCGUCUUAUUAAUAAGAAUCAAAAAGCUUUUUUUUUUUUUUUAUUAUAAGGCUUGAAUUUUAGUUCUUGGUUUUCUCUAAGAGCUGAGCUUAAGGCACGUGGUUGAACGCUAGAGGUUCAGGGUAAAACAGUCAUGGCUGCCCUUGACUACGGUCAAAUAAAUUCGUGGCAUAUCUUCAAUGGAAAAUUUACAUAAGCAGAACCUUCCAAGUUCUUAGACUAAUAUGUUGGGAAUUGAUAGAUAUGUCAAUGCUUUGAAACAUCCGACGAGUCUAGUUUUUAAUCGUUGCAUGAGGCGUCUGUGCACAUUUGCCUAUGCUUCUCGUGCUGGCAUCUAACGGUAAAAAUUGAAUAUUUGUAGAAAGGGCUUGUUUUACCUUAAAAUUGCAGAGAACAAGGUUGUUGAGGAGAACAGUGAGUAUCCUUUUAUUUUGCUUCUCAUCAUGCCUUUGACUACUUUAGACUACUUGGGGGAAGUAGUAGGGAUUGGAAAGGUUAUGGUAGGGCAUAUGCGAUGCAUAUUUAAUUACAAACUCGAAACAGAUCCACAACGCAAAUGGUAUUGCAG